AUGGCUCCGAAAGUAUUUUGGCAUGCCGAAAGUCAUGCCGAAAGUCAUGCCGAAAGUCAUACCGAAAGUCGAAAGUCGAAACCCUUACCAAAAGUCGAAACCCUUACCGAAAGUCGAAAGUCUUACCGAAAGUCGAAGCCCUUACCAAAAGUUCUACCGAAAGUCGAAACCCUCACCGAAAGUCAUACCGAAAAUCGAAAGUCUUACCGAAA